GCACGCCCGCUCCGUCGCCCGCUCCGUCGCCCGCUCCGCCGCGGCUUAGCCGCGACAGCCGCAGCUCCGGAUUGCAGAGCGGCGGGGCCGUGCCGGGAGAAGUCGGUCAGCUUGCUGCGGGCGCCGGGGGCGUGCGGGCGCCAGGGGCGCCUCUGCUCCGGGCACUGCGGGGCUGCGGGCUCUGCGCCCCGGGAGGCGGGCGCGUGGCCGGCGGUGCGGACGYCCCAGCCGGCGGCGAUCGCGGGGUUUCCAAGCCAGGAGAGGAGGGUUGGUAGCGCUCAGCGAUGGGGAAGAUGGUGCCAUCCGCACAGAAGCUGCAGCCUCGGSGCCCUGUGGCUGCUGGAGAUAAGUGAUGGCGCCAUUUGAACACCUGCUGGAAACGGUGCAGAAACCGUAGCCCCAGGAGAGCACGGGCAGGUGCUGAGGGGCAGGUGCUGAGAGCCAGGAUGCGAGGAUGACGCCUCCGGAGGCUCCAGCCUCCCUCCUGCCCGCGCGCUAGGAGCCGUCCCCAGGCCCCAACCGGGAGCCCAGCUGCCCAGGGGCAUGGCCAAACCUUUCUUCCGACUCCAGAAGUUUCUCCGCAGAACGCAGUUCCUGCUCUUCUUCCUCACGGCCGCCUACUUGAUGACCGGCAGCCUGCUGCUCCUGCAGCGGGCCCGAGUGGCCCUCCCCCCGGGCCCCCGGGCGCCCGGCACCCUGCAGGCCCUGCCGGUGGCCACCGUGGCGCUGAGCGUGGGCCUGCCCGACGGCAGAGCCCUGCGYGAUCCCCGUGUCAGCCCGGAUCCGCUGCUCCACGAGGACGCGCUGCGGAGUCCCCUGGCUMGGUCGCCGCCGGUCCCCCUGCGCUGGCCCCGGAGGAACCGCAACACSGAGCUGCGCCAGCUGCGGCGCCGCUGGUUUCACCACCAGGGGUCGCCCACCCUGGGCCCCGAGGCCCCCAGGCCGGCCGCGCUCAGCAGAGGAACCUACCUUGGCUGCUUCCGUGACGAAGGCCAGGAGAGAACUCUGAAGGGGGUAGUGUUUUAUGACUUGAGGAAGAUGACCGUCACCCACUGCCAGGACGCAUGCGCUGAGCGGUCCUACGUCUACGCAGGCUUGGAGGCCGGUGCGGACUGCUACUGYGGGAACCGGCUGCCAGCCCUGCGCGUCGGGCUAACGGAGUGCAACCAGGAGUGCAAGGGGGAGAAGGGCACCGUGUGCGGGGCUGUGGACCGGCUCUCYGUGUAUCGUGUGGACGCAUUGCUGUCCAGCUCCAGGAAGCGGCGGACUGCUACCUACCGAGGGUGCUUCCGACUGCCAGAGAACGUCACGCAAACCUUCCCCACCUCCCUGGUGGAGGCCAAUGUGACCGUGGAGAUGUGCUCAGGAUUUUGUUCCCAGAAAGAGUUCCCCUUGGCYGUCCUCCGGGGCUGGGAAUGCUACUGUGCUUACCCCACCCCACAGUUCAAUCUGCGGGAUGCUGUGGACAGCUCGCUGUGUGGCCAGGUCCCCRAGGCGCAGAGGCUGGCGAGUUACUGCGAGGUCUACCAGACGCCAGUGCAAGAUACUCGGUGCACGGACAGGAGGUUCCUGCCCAACAAAUCCAAGGUGUUUGUGGCUUUGUCGAGCUUCCCGGGAGCCGGCAACACGUGGGCCAGGCACCUGAUCGAGCACGCCACCGGCUUCUAUACAGGGAGCUACUACUUUGACGGGACCCUCUACAACAAAGGGUUCAAGGGUGAGAAGGACCACUGGCGGAGCCGGCGCACCAUCUGCGUGAAGACCCACGAGAGUGGAAAGAGGGAGAUUGAGAUGUUCGACUCAGCCAUCCUGCUCAUCCGAAAUCCCUACAGGUCCCUGGUGGCCGAAUUCAACAGGAAAUGUGCCGGGCACCUGGGCUAUGCACCUGACCGCAACUGGAAGAGCAAAGAGUGGCCAGACUUUGUGAACAGCUACGCCUCGUGGUGGUCCUCGCACGUCCUGGACUGGCUCAAGUAUGGGAAGCGGCUGCUGGUGGUGCAUUACGAGGAGCUACGGCGCAGCCUGGUGCCCACGCUGCGGGAGAUGGUGGCCUUCCUCAACGUGUCCGUCAGUGAGGAGCGGCUGCUCUGCGUGGAGAACAACAAGGAGGGCAGCUUCCGGAGGCGUGGCCGACRCCCUCAGGACCCAGAGCCCUUCACCCCCGAGAUGAAGGACUUGAUCAAUGGCUACAUCCGGACAGUAGACCAGGCCCUGCGUGAUCACAACUGGGCGGGGCUGCCCAGGGAGUACGUGCCCAGAUGAUAGGCCUSGGCCCCAGCUGGUCUGCUGCUGAGAAUAGACUGUCACACCUUGGGGCUCACCACUGCUCUGAGGCCCAGGCUGGAGGACCCCUGGGACACAUGGCUGCUUGUGCAGCCAGCAGGGAGGCCCACUCGGGUGCUGCCCUCCUUGCAGGGAGACCUGGACACRGCAUCUGUCCAGACACACCUCACAAGACAGACAAACAAAAACAGGCACACUGCAAGCCAGACACUUUUGUUCUCACACACACAGACAUGACGCUCACAGUGCCUGUUUGGAUGUGACUGAACCACCCGUGCAGGGUGCGCCAGACACCCCCAGCCUGGCAGACGCAGCCAGAGAUGUGUACACAGACGUGAURGGCCAGGGUGUGUGCCACCAGAGGUCAUCUGUUUGUCUGUCUCACACACCCAUGUGCACAUACAUGCAUCCUGGCCUCUAAGAAGCCUAGGCUUCCUGUGUGCAGCCCCAGCACUGACUUGCCUGCCAGGCCCUGGACUGUGGAACGCCAGGAGGGCCAGGUAUUAGUGCUCUGAGCAGCAUGGACCAUGGGGAUGGAGGUGGACCUACAGAUCAUUGCUGUCGGGCCGUGGAGACCUGACCACAUGUCUGACAUCUCAUAAACGUGUGUGCUGUGACUACCAGGC